UAGAAAGCAAAGUGGUUCGCAACGCGGUUUUUUUACGUUCAAAGUGGAAAACAGAGUGGAUUUCAUUUUUACAAAGUGGAAGACCACUUUGCUCUCACGGGGACCACUAAUCAUUAGAAACACUGAUGAGAAAAGCCGUCGCCAACAGAGCCAGUGGGUCUAAGAUUAUUGUCGCCUGCAAACCCAGAUUGUUCGCAACCGAAUGAUGAUGAUUACGACAAACCCACCAUUUAGGACAAAAGCCAAAUACAUUUAUUGCGUCUGUAUAUAGACUAUGAUCUAUAGCAAUUAGGAUCUUCAAACGGACACUACCGUCCGGAAUCCAUGUAAUAUAAAUGGUAAACUAUGCACCAAUCAGAAAACGCUGCAGAGGCUGUUCAGGUUUGCCGUGGUGCAGCGACAUCUCUGUGUACAUCUCUGUAGUAUACAGCGGUUUAGGUGGACUUAGACCAGAGAAAGCUCUUUUAAUAUCAGUCUUUGAUGCUUUGACCCAAGUGGAACAGCAGUCUAUAUAAACAUAAAGUUACGUCAACAUAAACUAAAGUGUAAUAUUUGUUGAAUAAAUAUAUUAUAUUUUCAAACAAUUUUCUGCCUAAACCAGACUGGUCUAAACCAGACCAGGUCCAACCACCAGGUUUCUCCCUGGUCCAACCUGGACUUAAACCAGAGAGAAAAUUGUUUGAAAAUAUAUUUAUUCAACAAAUAUUACACUUUAGUUUAUGUUGACAUGGCCUAGUAGACUGCUGUUCAACUUGGGUCAAAGCGUCAGAGACUGAUAUUAAAAGAGCUUUCUCUGAUUGAAGUCGACCUAAACCACUGUAUACUUUACUGCGACUACUUUCGACAGAUGCCGCUGCCCCACAGCAAACCUGAAUAGCGUCCGCAGCGUUUUCUGAUUGGCCCGUAGUUUACCAUUUGUAUUACGUGGAUUCCGGCAUCUUGGAAGAUGGCCGACGGUAGUGUCCGUAAAGUGUAAAAGUACCAAAGUCAGUGCGCAAGAUUAAUUUUAUUAUUUUAAAUCUUUUCUGAUGAUCGUCUCAUGAAUAGUUGUUGUGUUUAGCGGUGCAUACUACAUCAGAUAUAAUGACUGACAAAAGAUUCAUUAACCCUAGUACUACCAUGCCCUUUUUUGCAUUUUAUACGACUCUGAAUGAGCUCCUCCAAUGAGUUUCUAUAUUAUCAUCCGUCCUAUCUCAGAAUGGUCCCUCUAAUCUUAAAACCAUUCUCCCUUCCAUCUAAAGCCUAAAUCCACCAUUGCUUCUUCGUCUUAACUCAUCCUCUUCACCCACAUCUCAUCCGCAUCCUAACCCACAGCCACAUUCUCAUCAAACAUUCUGUGUGUAAAAAAUAUGAAACAAUAAAUAUUUCAAUUGUAUUGUUCAAUUGAAUCACUAAUGGGGUCAAAAAUGACCCCCUUGGUAGUACUAGGGUUAAGUUUAGAUUCACAUUUAUUUUGAUAAUUGUUUGGUUAAUUUAUAAGCACAAUAUCAGAGCUCACGUAUGGUUCAAUAUAGUGUGAUUGUUUUAUAAAAUUAUGCACAGAGGGGUUGCGUGUACUCAGUGUGUUUUCUAAGUAUGUCUGUCUUACUCUUUUAUAUUUCUUAGUUUUUAUUGUCUACUGUUUGUAUCAUUCUGAAUUAUUUUAAUGUCUAUUUACGAUUUGUUCAUUUUGACUAUUUAUUAAAAAAGAAUUUUUUCGCUGCAUGAAUAUCACGAAUAGCGAAGGGACUUUGUGAAGUGAAUAUUAACAUGAGUCAAUUUUCGGUCUUCUCAAGAUCUUUUUUAUCAUCUUAUGUAUAUUGUGUUAUAUAUUUUUUUCUAGAUAGUAAUUCUCAAAAUGCUAAUUCGCAAUGUGUUUGUUUACGAACACAGAUACGCAAGGCAUCAUCGAAUGCACGGUUUAAUUAUGAAGAUGCAUUCGAUUUGGAAUCACAGUUAACAGAUGAUGAAAGGAUGGUACGUGAUCAAUUUCGUGCAUACUGUCAAGAAAAAUUAAUGCCAAGAAUAUUAGAAGCUAAUAGAAAUGAAAGAUAUGGUUGCGCGGGAAUAUCCUAUGUUGGCUACGGACUUUUAGCAAGAGAAGUUGAACGGGUGGACAGUGGUUAUCGUUCAGCCUUUUCUGUUCAGUCAUCUUUGAGUAUGUUUCCGAUUUCUGAAUAUGGUAAUGAAGAACAGAAACAAAAAUAUUUACCAAAAUUAGCUACCGGAGAAUUAAUUGGAUGUUUUGGUUUAACAGAACCGAACGCAGGCUCGGAUCCAGGAAGUAUGCAAACACGUGCUCGUUAUGAUGAUAAUAAAAAAGUUUACAUUUUAAAUGGUACAAAAACAUGGAUCACUAAUUCGCCCAUUUCGGAUGUUGCUAUCGUAUGGGCAAAAUGUGAUGAUAACAAAAUUCGAGGUUUCAUACUUGAACGUUCGAUGAAAGGUUUUUCAACACCAAAAAUAGAAGGAAAAUUUUCAUUACGUGCAUCAAUUACCGGUCAAAUAUCGAUGGAUGACGUCCAUGUUCCAAAAGAAAAUCUUCUACCGAACGUUGAAGGUUUAAAGGGUCCAUUCGGAUGUCUUAAUAAUGCUCGGUAUGGAAUCGCAUGGGGCACUCUUGGUGCAGCUGAAUUUUGUCUUCAUGCAGCAAGGCAAUACACUCUCGAACGAAAACAAUUUGGAAAACCUCUAGCUCAAACUCAAUUAAUACAAAAAAAAUUUGCUGACAUGUUAACUGAGAUAACAUUGGGAUUACAAGCAAGCCUUCGUGUCGGACGAUUAAAAGAUGAAAACAAAGCUACACCCGAAAUGAUAUCCUUAAUAAAACGAAAUUCAUGUGGUAAAGCAUUGGACAUAGCGCGACAAUCAAGAGACAUUCUAGGAGGCAAUGGAAUAUGUGAUGAAUAUCAUAUUAUAAGACACGUCAUGAAUUUAGAAGCAGUGAAUACUUAUGAAGGUACCCAUGAUAUUCAUGCACUUAUCUUGGGAAGAGCAAUUACUGGUUUACAAGCAUUUUCAUAG